CUUAUUUUUUUUUUUUGGCUUGAUUUGUUUUUUUUUGGAUUGAUUUAUAUUAUGAAUCAUAAAGUAAAUAAAAAUGAGAAGAUAUUACAUAUAUGAUAUACAAUGAUGUCGAUUUAUUAUAUAAUGCAAAAAUUAUAGAAAUAUAUUAAUCAUCAAAGCCUGCCUCAUUUAUUUUGAAACCGAUGAAAAUGAAAACAAAAAUUUACUAAUUAUUUUUAUUUAAAAAUGUUUUUUUUUUUUAUGUUACAUUAUUGUAUUUUAGUAGAUAAUUGAUGAAACUUUCUUUAUCAGUUUUAAAAGUUUUAUCAAUGUAUGUGUGUAUAGAUAAAUAAAUAAACUACCUUGGUUUACUUUUCACUGUCCUCUCUUUCUCUGACGUCAACAAAAUAAAGAUAAAUAAAAAUAAAAAAACCAACAACUUGAUAAAAUAUGGCUGAAAGUGAGGGCGCGUGUAAAUGCAUUUUAACUUUCUAUUCAGUCGAAGACUGGUCACUUGACGUAACGUACGUUAAAUUUUAAAGGUUAAAAAACUAUAAAAAAAUUUUAGAAUUAAGUUUUGUAAUAAUUUCACGAAUCAUACUAUUCAAUGAAACAAUGGAACAGUUUAGUGGUAUACACCUAGAAGUGCCUAGUUGUGAGGAGGCUGUAAACAGUUCAUUAAACCAUGCUUGUAUUAUAAUUGAUAAUCAAAAAUCGAAUUGUGAUUGGAAAUUCAUAUCAAGGGCACAUCUUUCAGGUAAUGACUUUGAAAAUCAUUUGAAAAUUCCUCAACACUCACUACGAACAAUAAAAGUCAAUGCAGAUUACUAUUACAAAUGGAUAAUUGCUAAUAAUACUAUAGAAAAUUUGGACUCAUCGUACUCAGAACGGACUGCUGGAAGUAUCAUUUGCCGAAUAAAGGAUAAAAAAUUGGAUUACGGUGGUAUUUACACAAUACUGGUUAAUAAUGAUGAUAGCUGUAAAUUUCAUGAUACCACUGGAUUUAUCAACUUAUACAAACCGCUUUUUUAUAUUUUUAGCAUUAUCUGUUGUGCAUUAGCGCUCAUAGCAAUUUCCAAAAUGAUCGUGAAAACUUAUUUCACUAGGAAAAAUUUUAGUAAUUCUGGAAAUAAUUCAGUUGUUGUAUCUGCUCAAAAAAGAAAAACACGUAUUCAGUCGAUUGAUACGUUCCGAGGACUGUGCAUCUUAAUGAUGAUUUUUGUAAAUGAUGGUGCUGGAGGAUAUACUUAUCUAAACCAUAGCCCUUGGAAUGGCAUUUAUCUUGCUGAUCUUGUUUUUCCAUGUUUUAUCUGGAUAAUGGGUUUUUGUAUUCCUAUGUCAAUAAAAUCACUAAGACAAAAAGCAUUCACAUCAAAAAUGAUAUAUAAAAAAAUUGUAAUACGCAGCGUAUUAUUAUUUUGCAUUGGUAUCAGUCUAAAUUCACUUGGAGGUAACAUUCAGUUGGAGAAUAUUAGAAUAUUCGGUGUAUUACAAAGAUGUGCUGUUGGUUAUUUUGUUGUCAGUAUCACAUAUUCAUUGAUGUCAUUCAAAGAUCGACAUCAUAAAAGACUAUUAUUCCGGAUGACGUAUGAUAUCAUUGUCUUAAUGCCACAGUGGAUCAUUAUGGUAAUCAUUCUAUCUUCCCAUUGGUAUUUCACCUUUUAUCACGAGUUUACAGGUUGUAAAAUAGGCUAUGUAGGACCAGGUGGAAAUAGUAAUAGAGGAUCAAAUGCUGGAUGUCCGGGUGGAGCUGCUGGUUACAUGGAUAGAAAAAUACUCGGUGCUAAUCACUUGUUGAAAAAUUCAAUCGUCAAUAUGGCGUUCGGUUCUGGUCCUUUUGAACCAGAAGGGAUUCUUGGAUGUCUUACUACAAUUUUCCAUACUUUUCUCGGUCUUCAAGCUGGAAUAACUUUAAUGUCCCACAAAGGAAAAUGGAAAUAUAUCAUUUUCAAAUUUAUCGUAUGGUCUCUACUGUUCGGAUUAUCUGGACUGUAUUUACACUGUUAUUUGAAUGUUCCAAUAAACAAAAAUUUAUGGUCAUUAUCUUUCGUGUUAGUAACGACGAGUAUUGCUUUCGUUGCCAUGUUAAUGAUUUUGAUACUUGUUGAUGUUUUGAAGUGGUGGGAAGGUGGACCAUUUCGAAUUCCAGGUAUGAACGCAUUAAUUUUAUACAUAGGGAGUCAAGUUUUCUAUCAAACUUUUCCAUUUCAUUGGAAAUAUGGAGAAAACAUGGAUAACAAUCGUUUCUUAUCACUAUCUGUGGCUGUUUGGGAUACUGGGUUGUGGAGUGUUAUUGCUUACAUCAUGCAUCACAACAAACUAUAUGUUAAUUUGUAAAUACUAUAAUAUAAUAAAUAAGUGAUCCAAGAGAACCAAUAGAUAAAUUUCUAAUCGACAAUGUAAUAAAAAUAUCAAUAAUAAAUAUCACGAAUACGGUGACAGCAAUACGAUAAAUAUUGGAACAAAAAACAGAAGAAGAAUCAUUUUUUUUUAACCCAAUUUUUUUAUAUUUAAAAUACAUUUUAAGAAAAAUAACCUAGCCUGCCUACUAUUUUUAACGUAUUUUAUAAUUUAUGUUUUUUUCAAUUUUCAAAAAUUAAUAUCUCCGUCGGAUACCAAUUAAUUUAGUAAAGAUUCCAAAAUUAAAUUAAUAUAAUAAAAUUAAAAGUAUUGAACAAAAAAUUAAGUAAUUAUGAGCUGUCUAAAUUAUCGAUUUUUCACCUGGCUUACCUGUGGACGGUUACCAAUCAAAACCAUAGGGAGUAGGUGCAACGUGUUCUGGGUCUCAGGACUACCAUUGAUCAAAUAUUUGGCCAAUUAGGUUCUGUCUAGUUUUUUUGCCCUCGCCCCACAGACUAGCAUCUCGUUUAACAAACGUGAUGUUACGUGUCUCAUAAAGUUUUUUCAGUGAUCGAUUCGUGUGACAUUGACUUUAGUCAUCAUGCCUGCUUUACGAAGUGACUGAAGCUCAAAUUACAUUUAGAAAAAAAAAUAUCAACUUAGUAGUAAAUUAGUCUUUUCUUGAUUCUUUUUUUUUUAUGUAUAUAAAAUACCUUAUCUUGCGCGUAUUCCUUAUUUUUUUUUUUUUAUUUGUUAAUUUUCAGUCUCAACGUUGAUUUAUUUGGUAAAUUAUUUAUUUUUUUAUUUAUUGAUAAAAAUUCAUUUAUGUAAGAACGUUCAAUUUAUACUUUUUUUUGGUUUUUGUUUUUUUUUUUUUAAUUGAAAAAUGACAAAAUUUUAAAAAGUUUUGAUAAAAGGAAAAAAUAAGUGUUACGUACCAAGUUGAUAAAUUAAAAUUAACUAUGAAAUAACAAAAAAAAAAAAGAAUAUGUAAAUCCAAAAUUUAAAAAGGAAGAGGAAAAGGAAUUCUAAUCAUAGAAUAUUUAUAAUAAAUCAACUCGGUAUUUCACGUUAAUAUUAAAAAUCCUCUUAUUUUGUUAUUCCCUACAGGGUAACGGGUUAGGAGGGAAUGUGUAUUAUUGUAGAUGUACCUGGUUAUUAGAAUAAUCCGAAACAAUUGUUGUUGAGAGCGUGUCAAUCUAGAUGGUCGCCUUUUGAUGUUGAUAGUCUCGAAUAAUUCAAACGGUAAAAUAAACUCAAAGCACAGAAAACCAUACCCCGGAGAAAUGUCACAGUCAAUUUUUUUAUAGUAUUAGGAACAGUCAAUUUGUAAAGGAAAAAAUAAUAAU